AUACUCAAAAUGCAUCCUCCCUCAUUGCGCAGAUCUGGGAUUUGAUUGGGGAAAGCAGUGGGGUGUUAUUAGCGCAAGGGGGGAAAUAAUGGUGUAUGGUUUGUAUUAUUUGAAUUGGGCCUAUGGCUAUUUAAAAACAAAAACAACAAAAAACAAGAGUGCUGAAAACGGUUAUAUUCUUAAUUCCCAUUCCUUGCAUAAGGAGUUGGCAAGAGAAAAACAAGACUGGCACCCAGGCUAGGCGCCUUCGUUCAGCCCAUGACGUCAGCGUGGUUCCAUCUGGACCAAAGAUCUGGACUGGGGCACGAGCGGAAAACACUAUCGCUAAACUCAAAACUGCUGCCUGGUACAUUUGGCAUCCUCACAUCAGCGACGACAACCAAGUGACAGCUUUAUUCUGGUAAUCGUGCUUCCAAAUCAUAUUUACUUGAGGUAGGUUUAUUAAUAUUCUAGCGGUUAAAUGUCUCUUUCUUGUUUCUCUCCUCAGUUUUCUUGAUGAUAUGAUGGAGCGAUGCUUUAGGUACAGUAACGUUACAGCUUGCUAGCUAUAUUAGUCAGCGCUGAAUCUAGCUAGGUGCUAGGUUAGCUUGCUUUGUAUAUAGCCAGCGAACGGUAAACAGCAAAGGGAGACUGCCACGGGUGCAGCCUUCAACGUAGUACAUCGCUAGCUUGACCAGUGACUGCUAGGUGAGCGUUACCAUGUCGCAAGCUAGUUUGCUACCUGGCAGAAGGUAAGCUAACUACUGUUAGCCAGCUAGGAGGCUAAUGUAUGUCGCAUCUGUUGUGGCUGAGAUUCAAGAUUGUAAUCCCAAUGGGCAACAGAGUAUCUGGCCAGAGAUGCGUUGACUCUGCAAUGCUAAUUUAGUUAGCUAUCUAGCUAGUCAUCAAACUAUUUAACCAACUGUAUUAGACAGUUAAAAGAUCUGGAUGGGAACGUUUGCCAAAAAAGUAGCCAUUACACCUCCAUCUGCAUGUUGUCUGUAUGGCCCAAAACUAUUUAAAACCAUGUCGAUAUCAUCAUAAGCAUCCAGAGAUGGCAUUAUAAAGUCCUGUAGUCAUGUCUAACUUACCUUUUGAGCAAUUUAUUUGGUUUUAUUAACUUUUAUUUUAAUUUUUUAUUUUUUUGUCAUUUAGCAGACGCUCUUAUCCAGAGUGCAUGCAUUAUUUAAUUUAUUUUUCAUUUUCAUUUAUGAACACCAUUGAAACCAGGGUGCCUCACCACUGAGGUUUAGACUAAGAUGGAGUGUUUUGUACGUGUGUGUCUUUGAUGGUUGUCUUGUAACAGUGUUAGCGGGGACAGUGGUGGCCUCACAGCCCCUGCUUCUCCCUCCCCUGCCCCUCCUGUGCCUCCCGCCCCCGUCCUCACCCCGACCCCCCCACCGCGGAGAGCCAGAGUGAGGUACCUAGCCAUGGUGGACGUGGGGAAGUGGCCCCUCUUCACCCUGCUGGGGGCCCAGGAGGUCUCCAGCAUCAGGCAGGCCUGCGUCUUCGGCAGCUCGGCCAACGAAGCCAUCUACAUCACCCACAACGAUGAGGUGAGACUGGGGGUGUCUCGAUUUGUAUAGAAUUACUUUGUUUUUAUGGAGUGCAGGACUCUCUGGAAAGCAGUGGAAAUGGUUACUGAGUGGACUAUCUUGAUUAAAUAAUUAAAUGUAAUGGCAUCCUCUUCCUGUCUCCUCCCCUUCAUCUUUGUCUCUGAUCCCCCUGUAGGUGUUUGUGUUUGGGCUGAACUGCAGUAACUGUCUGGGGACAGGAGACAGUCAGAGCACCAUGGUCCCUAAGAAACUAGACUUCCUCCAAGGCAAGAAGGUGGUCAGUCUCAGCUAUGGCAGUGGACCACACGUCUUACUGGCCACAGAAGGUAUGCUGCCCACCUGCCUUAUCUUUUUUACCCACCACCAAAUGGCAACGUUGGCACGUUACGAGAACUGUACCAAACUCUACCAAAAGCAUGUAUAAUUGUCAUAGUGCAGCAUACUUAAAUAGCUCUGUGUUAAUUUGGUGCGUUUGUCUCUCAGGGGGAGAGUUGUUUGCCUGGGGGCACAAUGGAUACAGCCAGCUGGGCAACGGGACCACCAACCAGGGGGUGUCGCCCAUCCUGGUAUCAACCAACCUGCAGAACAAGAAAAUAACACAAGUGGCCUGUGGGUCCCAUCACUCUCUGGCCCUGACACACGAUGGAGAGGUGAGGGGAUAGAAGGGGAAAUGUACUUGUUUAAAUCCUUUUACAUGCACUUGUAACCCUGAACCCAAAUAAGCCUGUUUCAAGAUAUCAGUGACUUAAUGCUCCUGCUAGGUACAUCAUGUUCAAGAGAAUAAAAACUCUGUUCAUGAACAUGAUUGGAGUAUUGGUUGAGGUCAUGUGUAACCUGUCAGUGUGUGGAGUGGACUAUGGAACCCUGUAAGGUUCAAGUUUUCUAACCAGGGCUGAUCAGUGGUCACUUGUGUCUUGGCUGUCUGUCUCUUUAAUUGGUUUAUGUUUAUCCCAGCAGCAGGUUAGGAAGGUAUUAUCUCUGUUCACUGUGUCCAGGCUGGCUGCAUAUACCCCAGGCCCACUGGCCUGGUCUCACACACGAUUGAAGAGUUGAUGUGGAAAUGACUGCUGAUUUCCAAUAGUAUCUAUUUAGGGCUAUCUUGGAUGUGUUGAAAUAUACAUUACUCAGCACUGUAAAGGGAUAGCUACAACAUUACCUAAUAUGAUGGUUACCUAGGAUCACUGGUCACUAGGUGUGAUUGGGUGUACAGGGUUGACAGUCUGUGGUGGGGGGGUUUGUGUGUGUGUGUGUGUACAAGGUUGACAGUCGGUGUGUGUGUGUACAGGGUUGACAGUGUGUGUGUGUGUGUGUAUAUACAGGCUUGACAGUGGGACUGUGUGUGUACAGGGUUGACAAUGGUGUAUAUAUGAUUGUAUCCGCUAGGUGUUUGCGUGGGGUUACAACAACUGUGGCCAGGUGGGUUCAGGCGCCACAGCCAACCAGCCAACCCCCCGCAGGGUGUCCAACUGCCUGCAGGGUAAAGUGGUGAUGGGCAUCGCCUGUGGACAGACCUCCUCCAUGGCCGUGCUCGACAAUGGGGAGGUGAGAGACAAAGCCUAUGGGAAGGAUAGGUUUAUAUAGGAUAGUUCCCUCCGGUCCAGUAAAAGUCAAAGCAAAAUGUUAUAUAGCACCAUAUACAUAAAGGAAGAUCUUGCUGACUACCGUGGCCUGUGUGUGUUGCAGGUGUUUGGCUGGGGCUACAACGGGAAUGGCCAGCUGGGAGUGGGCAACAACGGUAACCAGCUGACCCCCUGUCGCCUGGCAGCCCUCCAGGGUCUCUGUGUACUACAGGUAAGACUGGACAGUAGUGGACACUAUCACCACCUGUAUGUCUCUGUCUGAAUCGUCUACUCAUGUCUACUUCAACUCAAACUAAUACAAAACAGAAUUGAGCCCUGACCCUUGUUGCUGUCCACUCCCACUGUGUAAAACCCUUAUGGCCUUGUCUUCCAGAUAGCGUCAGGCUACGCCCACUCCCUGGCUCUAACAGACGAGGGCCUGCUGUAUGCCUGGGGGGCUAACACCUACGGACAGCUGGGGACUGGCAACAAGAGCAACCAGCUCAGUCCUGUACACAUCAUGGCUGAGAAGGAGAGGUAAGGGAGAGUACACAUACACAGGAUUGAGAUGUAGCUCUGGUGGCUGCUACCGCCCCCCAGAAAUCACACGUUGGUACUGUCAUCUUUCAGAGACCCAUGGUUAGUUCUCUCUUCUCUUUGUCUUCUCUGUUGUAUUCCAUCCAGUGUGGGUCCAUACGGUAACACUGCAUAGGUCCAUAUAUUGGCUCACACACCAGAUCUGGAAUAAUCUGUCUCUGAGUUGACAUUGUCCCUGUCACAAUGAAACAAAACUAGAAUGGAGUAUGGAGGGGAGAGAGAGAGAGGGCCAUUAUGUUGGGGGCUGGGGUACAAAUGGGUUUGACACUUGACAAGCAUGAACUUUUCACUGAAAACAUGGAAAUGAGUUAUUGGGAUUUAAUUCUGAAUAGAUCUUUGCCAUGUUCAUUUUUAUCUCUGAACGUUGUGUAACAUGUCAUAACACUCUUGAAUGAGCCUCAGGUUGGCCUUGAGAUAAAGCUACAAGACAGAUGUCACAACAAAACCAGCAACCUUCUGUGUCCAUGGAAUGCGGUCCAUGGCUAGACGGGAUACAGUUUAUGUCAAAUUGACGUCAAAUGUUUUUUUGCAUUUUAGCUAACCCUUAACCUAAUUAUCCUAACCUGCUACGUUAAUUAUCCUAACCUGAUGGAUAAGUUAUCCUAACUUGCUACGAAAAGUCAAUUCUGACAUAAGCUACACAACAUGACCGAAAGUAUGUGGACACCUGCUCAUCGAACAUCUCAUUCCAAAAUCAUGGGCGUUAAUAUGGAGUUGGUCCUCCCUUUGCUGCUAUAACAGCCGCCACUCUUCUGGGAAGGCUUUCCACUAGAAGAAAGGAAUAUUGCUGCAGGGACUUGUUUCCAUUCAGCCACAAGAGCAUUAGUGAGGUCGGGCACAGAUGUUGGGCAAUUAGGCCUGGCUCGCAGUAGGCGUUCCAAUUCAUCCCAAAGGUGUUCAAUGGGGUUGACAUCAGGGCUCUGUGCAGGCCGGUCAAGUUCUUCCACACCGAUCUCGACAAACCAUUUAUGUAUGGAACUCACUUAGUGCACGGGGGCAUUGUCAUGCUGAAACAGGAAAGGGCCUUCCCCAAACUGUUGCCACAAAGUUGGAAGCACAGAAUCGUCUAGAAUGUAAUUGUAUGCUGUAGAGUUAAGAUUUCCCUUCACUGGAACUAAGGGGCCUAGCCCGAACCAUGAAAAACAACCCCAGACCAUUAUUCCUCCUCCACCAAAACUUUACAGUUGGCACUAUGCAUUGGGGCAGGUAGCGUUCUCCUGGCAUCUGUCAAACCCAGAUUCGUCCAUCUGACUGCCAGAUGGAAAGCGUGAUUCAUCACUCCAGAGAACGCAUUUCCACUGCUCCAGAGUCCAAUGGCGCUGAGCUUACACCACUCCAGCUGACGCUAGGCAUUGUGCAUGGUGAUCUUAGGUUUGUGUGCGGCUGCUCGGCCAUGGAAACCCAUUUCAUGAAGCUCCCAAAGAACAGUUAUUAUGCUGACGUUGCUUCCAGAGGCAGUUUGGAACUCGGUAGUGUGUUGCAAGCGAGGACAGAUUAUUUUUAUGCGCUACGCGCUUCAGCACUCGGCGGUCCUGUUCUGUGAGCUUGUGUGGCCUACCACUUCGCGGCUGAGCCAUUGUUGCUCCGAGACGUUUCCACUUCACAAUAACAGCACUUACAGUUGAUUGGGGCAGCUCUAGCAGGGCAGAAAUUUGACAAACUGACUUGUUGGAAAGGUGGCAUCCUAUGAUGGUGCCAUGUUGAAAGUCACUGAGCUCUUCAGUAAGGCCAUUCUACUGCCAAUGUUUGUCUGGGGAGAUUGCAUGGCUGUGUGCUCGAUCUUAUACACCUGUCAGCAACGGGUGUGGCUGAAAUAGCCGAAUCCACUAAUUUGAAGGGUUGUCCACAUACUUUUCUGUAUAUAUAUAGUGUAUAUCCCAUCUAGUUAAACUCAUGGAACACCAGCGAUGUCAGCAGUGUCCUGUCAUUCUCCCUUCUCUUUUUGUGUGUUUCCUGUCUUCGUCUUAAAGGGGAGAGGGAGAGAGGCCCGCCGUAGGCAGCAAAAGGACAAGGGAAAACACUGAAGAGGCGUGGCACAGAGAGACAGAGUAGGGAGAUGUGUGAAGAAACACAAUGCACUUAAGAAUUACAGAACUUCUUAUAGUGGUCAAAAGACACAGGAGAGUACCGUUACCUGGUGGACUGUGUAUGUAUGUUAGUCUGUAACACACUCCUCCCCCUCCCCCAGCAGGAUAGUGGAGAUCGCGGCGUGCCACUCCACACACACGUCUGCCUGUAAGACCCAGAGCGGCCAGGUGUACAUGUGGGGCCAGUGUAGGGGUCAGUCAAUCGUGCUGCCACACCUCACACACUUCUCAAGCACUGACGACGUCUUCGGCUGUUUCGCUACGCCCUCUGUCAUGUGGAGGCUACUCUCCAUGGGUGAGUUCAUUUCAUCAAUUAUUACAUGUUAUUUAAAGGUGCAGUAUGUAACUUGGUUGUAAUGAAAUGUUUUUUUUUUUUUCUUCUGACCUCUAAGUAGAAGGUCCCCUUAACCAAUGAUCUAGGAUAACCCUUUCACAGACACACACCAUGAUUCCCAGCUAAGGCAUUGUGUUCUGUCAUAGAGCAUGAUGACUUCCUGACUGUGGCCCAGUCUCUGAGGAAAGAGUUUGACAGCCCGGAGACGUCCGAUCUCAAGUUCAGCGUGGAUGGGAAAUACAUCCACGUACACAAGGCCGUGCUCAAGAUCCGGUGUGUGGAUUUGAGUAAAACAUAUAUGUUUAUACUGCUGAAGCAAUCACACACAUUUUCUUCAGAAAAUAUACCUUUUCUAGUUUUAGCCUUUCCAAUAGGUUUUACUGGCUAUAGACAUAACUUGACAUAACACGACAUAACCUAACAAUGUCCAUAAUUUUUUCUGUCAGGUGUGAACACUUCCGCUCCAUGUUCCAGUCCCACUGGACUGAGGACAUGAAGGAGGUGAUCGAGAUCGACCAGUUCUCCUACCCAGUCUACCGCUCCUUCCUGGAGUUCCUCUACACUGACAACGUAGACCUGCCCCCAGAGGACGCCAUCGGUGAGUUGGACUGAAGCAGGAAUCCUGUUUAGGAUUCAUACAGGGCCCCAGACUCAAAACAAAUGACUUUAUUGAGUUAAGGUCCAUCCAUAGGAAUGCUGCUGUGUGUGUACUAACUCUGUCUGUUUCAGGCCUGUUGGACCUGGCCACAUCCUACUGUGAGAACCGUCUGAAGCGCCUGUGUCAACACAUCAUCAAGAGAGGCAUCACCGUGGAGAACGCCUUCUCUCUGCUCUCUGCCGCCGUGCGAUACGACGCUGAGGUGAAACAGACACUGUGACAGAGCGUCACUACUAAGGGUUAAUAACUCAGAUGCUUACUGGUUACCACAAGCUUCUUCAGGCUGCCUCAUAUAAGACACAUUAGCCCUGUCAUUAUGGGCAUAUUAGUCAGAUGACCUCAAAUACCAUCUUAUACCUAUUUAGAUACUGUAUACCAGGGGUAGGCAACUAGAUUCAGCCGCAGGCCGAUUUAUAAUGCGUUGUGGAUGGUUGGGGGGCCGGAACAUAAUUAUAAUAAGUUGUACUCUGCAAAUUGACCACAUCUAAGCCCAAAAAUUGAUUUUAUUUUAAAAAACAUUAUCAUUUAAUAUCUUGAUUACCUUAUGCUAAACUAUUUUUUUGCUGAAUUCCUGGUGACUUUACAGUCUUUUCUGACCCCUGCUGUAUACUGGACCUGUGUUCAUACUGUAACUGGAUGUGAUCGCUUCCCUGUAGGACCUGGAGGAGUUCUGCUUCAAGUUCUGUGUGAACCACCUGACCGAGGUGACCCAGACUGCAGCCUUCUGGCAAAUCGAUGGCAACAUGCUCAAAGAGUUCAUCUGCAGAGCCAGCCGCUGUGGGGCCUUCAAGAACUGACUGACCACUGACCAGCCCCGAAGGAAGGACGAGGAAAGGGCUAGCGUGAACUGGUUUGGCUUGACACCAUUUGGCCAUGGUAGAAAGGACAAAGAAAGAAGUGGUAUGAACAUGGAAACGGCUAGCUUGAACCGGGUCUCUAAAUUGCCAUAUUAUUCAUCCUUUGAGAAGACGUCUGGCGUGGUCAUCUGGUGACUAUGGCCCACCUCCAGUUACACAGCCAAAGAAGCCAAAUCCAGUCCCUGCCUAUGCGCCUAAUAUUCCACAUAGACAGGUGGCGCUGUGGGGAGGAGAGGAAGUUCCUCUGCCAGUCAAAACAGUGACAUCAGAGGUCAUUGUCUGUCACUGCAUGUUUACAAACCUGCUAAAUGGCAUCAGACUGCUCAGUUAGCACCAGUUUAAUUGGAGGACCAUUGAUCUAGCUUAAGAUGGACACUGUUACAUUCCUGACAAUGUCUGGUGACAGCUAAUGCACCGAUGCAGGCGAUGGCAGUCAACCCC